AUGAAGCACAACGGCACGGAUGUUGUAAUCAGCCGCACGAUCAAAUACCUGUUCGCUUUCUCGUGCCAGUACGACUUCUUCGCCUUCCCCUUCGACACUCAGACGUGCGACAUGGAGUUACACCUUCAGCCUUUCCAGGGUUGCCAGCCGGAGUGGAACACCACGAGCGGAGGCAUACGCGUCUACGGAAACAAGUCGACGAUCUCGAUUUACUCCGUGUCGGAACUGCGAUACACCUUCGAUCACAAGAACCGGAACGUGCUGACGCUCAAACUCCUCUUCGUCAGGAGAUUCGAGGCCUUCCUGCUGACCACGUUCCUUCCGUGUAUCAUCCUGUGCGCUCUCUCGCAGCUCACGCUCACGCACUUCAGCAUCGAUGACUUCACCGACAGAAUCACCGUCACGCUCUCGCUGCUCAUCGUCAUCGCCUCGCUCUUCUCGCAGAUGUCGUCCAGCGUGCCCAGCUCCCCGGUGCCCAAGUGCGUCGACUUCUUCUUCUUCUACUGCAUCCUGAGGGUCAGCAUCGUCUUCUUCAUGCACAGCUCCAUCGGCAGGAGCAUGGCGUCGGGAGACAGGCAGGAGGACGUGAUGGUAGCCAACAGAGGACCCACGAACACGCUGAAGGUGGCGUGGCCGGAGAAAUCCCAAGGACUUAAGCAACCCUUGAGUACCUGCCGCUCGAGGGCCAUCAACGCCGCCGGGAUCUGCGUGACCUUGCUCCUCGAUGUCAUCGUGACCUUCGUCUUCGUCGUGUGGAUCAUAAGGGAUCACUAUCAAAGCCACAACCAGUUCGCCAAAUAUAAUCGUACCGAGUGA